CAGGAAAUCCCCAUGAACAGCACUUCAAUGGCCCCUACCUUCCUGUUGGUGGGCAUGCCAGGCUUGUCAGCUGUACCCUCCUGGUGGACAAUUCCCCUGAUCACUGUCUACCUUCUGUCUGCCCUGGGCAAUGGUACCAUCCUCUGGAUCAUUGCUGUGGAGCCUACCCUGCACCGUCCAAUGUACUUCUUCCUCUUCCUGCUUAGUGUGUCUGAUGUUGGCUUGGCCACAGCCCUCAUGCCCACCCUGCUGGGUCUCGCCCUUGCUAAUGCUCAGGCUGUCCCUGCCUCAGCCUGCCUCCUGCAGAUGUUCUUUGUCCAUGUCUUUUCUGUCAUGGAAUCCUCUGUCUUGCUCACCAUGGCCUUCGAUCGGGCACUGGCCAUCUGCUACCCUCUCCACUACCCAAGACUUCUCACUAAUGAUGUCAUUACCAAAAUUGGAUUGGCCGUCAUCUUUCGAUGCCUGGGUCUCCACCUACCUCUGCCAUUCCUCCUGGCCCACAUGCCCUACUGCCGUCCACAGGUGCUGACCCAUUCCUAUUGCCUGCACCCAGAUAUGGCCCGGAUGGCUUGCCCAGGGGCAGGGGGUGCAGUCUAUAGCCUCUUUGUGGUUCUUUCAGCCAUGGGAUUGGACCCUCUACUGAUUUUCUUGUCUUAUGGCCUAAUAGGCAAAGUGCUGCGAGGUUUGGGGUCCAGCGAGGAUCGAUGGAAGGCUGGUCAAGCCUGUGCCGCUCACCUCUCUGCUGUGCUUCUCUUCUAUGUGCCCAUGAUCCUCUUAGCACUCAUUGACAGACUUCGGGUGCCAAUCCCCCAGCCUGCCCAUACUCUUCUCUCCUAUGUGCACUUCCUGAUUCCUCCCUUAAUAAACCCUAUUCUCUACAGUGUCAAAAUGAAGGAGAUUAGAGAGAGGAUACUCAAACGGUUGCAUCCUAGGAAAGUGGGCUGUGCUUAG